AUGAGAACGAAGAAGACGCAGCUCGCGCUGAGGAACUCCGACGACAAAAAAAUGCAAUUCAUUGUCGGGAUCAUCUUCACGCUCCCACUCUUUCUCCUCAGCAUGGGUAGAGAUAUGAAUCUGUUAGGCGCGUGGGCAUCAGCAAACUGGGUUAACUGGCUCAUGUUUGGCUUAGCAUUACCGGUGCAGGGUUAUGUUGCUUGGGACUAUUACGUCGGUGGUUUUAAAGCCUUACGCAACCGAUCCGCCAAUAUGGAUGUCCUUGUCGCUAUGGGUUCAUCGGUGGCGUUUCUCUAUAGCCUCACUGUAACGAUUGCAUUAGGGAUGGGCGCCGGGGCAAGCUUCGGGACUCACGUCUAUUUUGAGACAGCCGCGGUUAUCAUUACCUUGAUUAAGUUAGGGAAACUUCUUGAAGCACGUGCCAAAGGUAAGAUAAACGCAGCCCUCAAAAAACUCCCCCAACUUUCUCCUAAAAUAGCGUGCCGCUUAGAAAACGGCGAAGAACAGCACAUCCCUAUUGAACAGGUUGGCGUAGGAGAUGUUCUUCUUGUACGUCCCGGCGAAAGUAUUCCUGUUGAUGGUGUGGUGCGCAGCGGCAAAAGUGCCAUCGAUGAAAGCGUCUUUACCGGAGAAAGCCUACCCGUAGAUAAGAGACCCGGCGACCCUGUGACCGUAGCGACGAUGAACCAGAGUGGAAUGCUCACAAUGGAAGCCACGCAUAUCGGGACAGAAACAGCCCUUGCCCGUCUUGUCCAAUUGGUACAAACAACGCAACAGAGCAAGCCCCCUAUCCAACGCGCCGCCGAUGCAGUCACAAAUGUGUUUGUGCCCGUCGUCAGCGGAUUGCCAUUGUGA